AAGCUCACAGGCAGCCCCUCCCAGUGUCUACAGACGACGCAUUGACGCAACAGGAGCUUCCUUGCACGUAGCUGCCCGUCUCUCUUUUGCAUUGGCCCGUGUACAUCCUUGAGUCUUGCUUUGUCUUGCCCUCUCUGGCCAUCCCCUGCCUAGCCCGGCGACCGACUAGGGACGACGGGAGGCAUCCUUGACAACCAAGGACUGAUCCCGCCGCGGCGACAGUAACACUUCUCUCUCUCACACACACGCCGCCGCCCGGCCACCAUGGCGUCCGUGUCCUUCGAGAGCAUGUACCAGCAGACUGUUCCGGCGGUUGACGUCCGAACCGAGGAGACGGAGGUAAUGGACGAGGACGACAACGUCGCCCAGCAAGCCACCACCGACGGCGCCCAGCCAGAGGACGAGGACGACGAGGGCGUAGACCACGACCAAGACGACGAGGAUGAGGACGACGAAGAUGAGGCCUCGGACGAGGAGCAGAUCGAGAGCAGCGUCCAGGCCGACAUGGACAAGCUGACCGAGGACUUUCCCGGCUUCCGCGACAAGUACCGCCUGAUAAAACGCAUCGGCGAGGGUACGGCCCUUUGGUACCAUGGCAUGGCAUCCAGCUGACAGACCGGGCAAAGGAACGUUUUCUACAGUCUUCAAGGCCGAGGACCUCGAGUACGGGCGCUACGAUAAUAGCUGGGAUCUCGAGGAUGACGCGUCCAAGUGGACGCCGCCGCCGCUCAAGCGCCAGCACCAGCACCAGCAACACCAGCAACAACAACAGAACCACCAACGGCGGCAAGCGUCCUCCCCUUCGCGGCGGCCGAGACGCCCGCGCUACGUCGCCAUAAAGAAGAUCUACGUGACGUCGAGCCCCGCGCGCAUCCUCAACGAGCUCGAGCUGCUCCACGACCUCCGCCGAUGCCCCUCGGUCUGCCCCCUCAUCACCGCCUUUCGCGAGACGGACCAGGUCGUCGCCAUCCUCCCGUACUUCCGCCACGGCGAUUUCCGCUCCUACUUCCGCGACAUGACCAUCCCGGACAUCGUCAUCUACCUGCGCUCGCUCUUCACCGCCCUGCGUAGCGUCCACGCCCACCGCAUCCUUCACCGUGACAUCAAGCCCACCAACUUCCUCUACGACCCCACCACCCAGCACGGCGUCCUCGUCGACUUUGGCCUCGCCGAGCGCGAGGGUUCCGACUGCAAGCCCUGUCUAUGCCACGAGCCCCGCGAUAUCCGCAAGCAGCGCCAGGGCAGCUCUGCCUGGGCCCAGGCCACGGGCACGGCCGCCGGCGGUGCCCAGCCGGGAUACCCCAAGACGGACACGCGCCCCUCGCGCCGUGCCAACCGCGCCGGCACCAGAGGCUUCCGCGCCCCUGAGGUGCUCUUCAAGUGCACCGAGCAGUCGACGGCCAUUGACAUCUGGUCCGUCGGCGUCAUUCUCCUCACCAUCCUGUCGAAGCGCUUCCCCUUUUUCAACUCGGCCGACGACGUCGAGGCCAUGAUCGAGAUCGCCACCAUCUUCGGCGCCAAGCGCAUGAAGGCGGCCGGCCUGCUCCACGGCUGCGUCUUCGAGACCACCAUCCCCACCAUCGGCACCCAGGGCUUCACCAUGGAGAAGAUCAUACUCUGGAGCACCUGCCGCGGCGAGGACAAGCCCCUGACGAGGCACGAGCGCCUCGCCGUCCGCUUCCUCGAGCAAUGCAUGGAGCUCGACCCUUCGCGCCGCAUCACCGCCGCCGAGGCGCUCGAGCACGACUUUUUGAGGUUCUCCGAGGCCGACAUUGCGUAUAUUGAGCGCUCCGAGCAGCUCCACGCCGUGUUAGAAGAAAGUAUGGGCCUUCGUCCUCGCACAUGACGCCUGUCGUCUUUGACGUACAAUACUACGCGGAUAGGAUUAAAGCUAGGACGGUCAAAGGGGGGGAGGGGGAGGGCCAUACGAUACCAUAUGUUAACGCUAGCUGUAAAACUGCAAUGCGAUGUAGCGAUGAUUUCAAAC